AUGUCAGAUAGUUUUGACAGCCUGAAUUCAGCCCUGCAGUGUAUAACCUCACAAUCUAACCAUGAAACCAAAAGGCAAGCUUUACAAUUUCUCGAAGAGUUUCAAAAGUCGUCGGAAGCUUGGAGUGUCUGUCACAAUAUCUUAGCGGCAGGCAGUGACCAAUGCGGUGCAGAACUGCAAGUAUUUGCAGCCCAGACGCUGAGAAAUAAGGUUACGUACGACUUGGCGCAAGUGAAGAAUCAGAUGGUCGACUUCAAGACUACUCUAAUGGAGCUCAUUGUUAAACACUCACAAAAAGUGAUUGUCACGCAAUUGUGUGUUGCGCUAACCAGGCUUGCAAUUCAAUUUCUGGAAUGGCGCAACCCCAUUGCAGAAAUCAUCCACUACUUGAACCAAUUCCCUGAUAAAUUGCUCGAAUUCUUGAAGAUUCUGCCUGAAGAAACUUUGGACAUCAAAUCUACUCCUCUCAGCGAAGACGAAUUUCAAUCUAGAACUCAUGAGCUCAUUGAUCAGAUUGCGGAAGAUGUCAUGAAAUAUUUGGUCAGUAUCAUUGACUCGUUAGGAUCACCGUCAUCUGUCAUUACGGUUUCUCAACUAUUAAAUUGCGUCAAUUCAUGGGCCUACGAAGUUCCUAUAGAUCAAUUGCUUUCAAUCAAUAACCUCAUGUCGUUAAUAUUCCAUGUUUUGAACCAAGCUAAAGACGACGAUACCGAAGCGUUUGACGUGGCAGUAGAAUGUCUGUGUACGAUUUUGAAAGAGACCAGGGAUGUGGCGAAUGAGACAGUCAUAACGGCUAUUUAUGAGCAGCUGAUGUCACUACAAGCAAGUAUUUUACCAGUUGACCGUAUUACAGACUUCGAGGACUACACAGAAAUAAUGGAUGGACUCACCAGGCUAUUUGUAGAGGCUGGCGAGGCUUGGUGCGUGUUCAUCGCGAAAAAUCCGCAGAUUUUCAAACCUCUGGUUUCUGUACUUCUGUUGCUUACUUGCAAAAACACAGACUUGGACGUGGCUAAAUACACUUUUCCCUUUUGGUUCAACUUAAAGCAAAUGUUGGUGUUGCCAAGAUUUAAGGCUCAGCGAGCAGCAUACCAAGAUACAUUUACAGAAUUGAUUGAUGGCAUGAUAGCUCACUUACAUUAUCCUGAAGAGUCGUUCUCUAACAAGGAAGAACAAGACAAGUUCAAAGAAUUCCGCUAUGAUAUGGGUGGAGUUUUAAAAGACUGCACAGCUGUAAUUGGGUCAGAAAAGGCUUUGCGCCGUCCUUAUGAAAAGAUUGUAAAUGCAUUGAACAACCCAAAUCCGUUGGCGCAGUGGCAACAAUUAGAGGCUCCUCUCUUUUCACUGAGAACGAUGGCACAAGAAAUUUCUAAGAACGAAAAUACAAUACUUCCGCAACUUUUUCAGAUUCUCUGCAAUUUACCUGAGCAUCCAAAAGUAAGGUAUGCUACAACUUUGGUAUUAGGAAGAUACACUGAGUGGACUUCCAAACAUCCUGACUUUCUUGAGCUAGAACUAAAUUAUAUCUUCAACGGUUUUCAGCAUGCCAAUGGUGACGUCGAUAUUUUAACAGCGUCUUCGCAUGCCCUGAUGUACUUUUGCCAAGACUGCAGCACUUUGUUAAGUACAUUUGUGGAACAGCUAAUUGAUUUUUACUGGAAGAUCGAGCCAAUGGUUGAAACGGAAUCUUUAUUUGAAGUCUGUCAAGGUUUAAGCUGCGUGAUAGACCGUCAAUCUGAUGACCGAGUUGGACCUUCUUUAGAGCUUUUUUUGAAGCCUCAUCUAGACAAGUUGGCCUUAGCAGUCAUUACUUGGAAACAAAACUCUACAAACAACUCGGCGGCGGUAGCAGUUUGCGACAAAAUUGACUUAAUUUUUGCUGUUUUCGAAGAAUUGAAACCCCGUCAUGAAAAUCCAUCCUUAGGGCAGGAACCACUAGUACCUUAUAUCAGCACAAUAUGGGAAACAUUACAAACGCUUUUGGUAAAUGAGGAAGCUAUGUUUAACCCUGAAAUUGCAGAAAUCACGAUGAAAUGGGUUCGUAAGGUCUUUUUGAACUUCCAUAUUUUUAUCGCAUCAGUUUUGCCUUCCGUGGCCAACUUUCUUGCUGAGGCGUACGGCACUACUGGACUUGGGAUAUAUCUAUGGUGCUCGGGUUCCAUUAUUGCUGUCUUUGGUGAUGACGAGUCAUUUCCUAUAGAUUCACAAACUAAAGAAGCCGUUUGGCAGUUCACCUGUACCCAAUGUGUCACGUUCAUGAAUACGUUCAAUGCGUCAAAUGGCGAAGAUAUCGGCCAGCAUCAAGACUCCGUUCAAGACUUUUUUAUGAUGAUGACUGAUGUUGUCAUGUUCUUCCCAGAUAGGCUUCUUGUUUCCAGUGCUUUAUUAGGUCCAGUAUUCGCAGUGGGAUUGAGCUGUAUUACAAAGGUAUCCAACUAUGACGCAUACAUCACAAUCAUUCGCUUUCUCGAUGACGUUUUGUCUUGGGGAUUCGACACCCCCCCAAUCUCCACGGCCACCUUAGAUGUCGUUCCAGAAGCUUGGAGACAGAUGGUACUGAGUGACAUAGUUCAAUCGCAAGGAUCGCAGCUCGUAUGUUCAAUUCUUGUAGGACUGGUCACGAAUUUUAGCAGCGAUGCCCGUCCGGAUGCAAUAGGGUGCCUAGUAAAAUGUUUGAAAUUAUGUGUGCAGUGUUCCGGUGGUGAUCCAGCCGUAACAGUGGAGUGGUUAAGCAGCGCGAUGGACGCGAUGGGAAAGGUAACUGACCAAGAAAGGUCUAUGCUCCUGACAACUGUGGGAAACGCUUUGCCCCAAAAGGAUAUACGGCGAGUGAGAUCAGGAUUGAAAGAUUUUGUGACCUGGUACGUGAGGAAAAACGUAUCUCCCAGAAUGUACAAAUGA